GCUGUUCGAGGAAAAUGAGGAAUUAUUAAACAUGUUCACACAGUUUCGUGAACUGAAGACGAAAGAACAACAAACCAAUAGUAUGGAAUUAGCGCAACACGCAGAAAAAGUUAUGUCUGCCCUCGACGAAGGCAUUAAGGGCUUGGACGACAUGGACGUAUUCUUGACCUGCCUUCACCAAGUCGGAGCGACGCACACAAAAAUCCCCGGCUUCAAUCCACAAUAUUUUUGGAUCCAAGUGACAGUCAUGAGUUCCCUCACGUUGGCCGUUUUAAAAGAAAUUUGUCGAGAUAGGGAGUUGCCGACAUCGGGAUCGAAACUCGAAUUAAUAAGCAGGUUAUUGGAUGCUGGUGUCCCUGAAGCAGAAUUACAGUUAAUAUCGGCUCCCGCAGCAACCAACAGUGAUCGUUCAAUGGAUUGCGAGGUGCACCAGGCGAUGCAACCACAGGCGGAAUCUCGGGAUAGGCCCCUCACAGAGCUGGAACUGCUACGCAGGGAACGAGAGGUGACACAACGCGAAAUGCAGUUGUUAAGAAGAGAACUGGAAAUGGUCCGGCUAACACCGUCGUCGGAUAGCAACUCGACACGUGGCCGUGAGGUUAAGUGGGGCGAUGUUAAGGAAAUGAUUAAUGAGUUUGACGGCGGAAAUUGCGAAGUUGAAAUAUGGGCGAGACAAGUGAAGAAACUAAUUGACACUAACAGUCUCGACGAGCAGGCAGCAAAGGCACUGGUUUGUCAUAAAUUAAGAGGAAAAGCUCUCAGGUGGUAUUAUUCGAAGCCUGAUUGUGUGGACAUGAAGUGCGACGAGGUGCUGCAGGGACUGCGUAACAUGUUCGGGCAACGAAUGAGCGUUUUGUCAUUACGAUGCGAGUUCGAGCGAAGGGUUUGGAAAAGGGAAGAAGCGUUCACCGACUACAUGCACGACAAGGUGGUGUUAGGCAAUCGGGUGCCGAUUUCGGACAGUGAAAUCGUCGAUUAUAUUAUAGAAGGCAUACCCGAUGAAAACAUCAGAUCCGUCGCGCGAGUGCGAUGUUUUCAAACAACGGAGGAGCUGGUACGCGCUUUUGGCGGAUUGGUGCUGCCUGGUGGAAUGCAGCAGCAGAAAAAUGUUCAGCGACGGGAGAUGAAUCUACCGAAGGGCAGAAAUAACAAGGAUCAUCGCGAGCGGAAGGAGCCACAGCAGGUGAGAUGCUUCAACUGCAACGGGAACGGCCACUAUGCAGUGGAUUGCAAGGAGCCGAGGCGCGAACGAGGGACCUGCUUCAAGUGCGGCGUUUCCGGACAUAAGGUCGAGAAUUGCCAUGCUUCGCAGAGCAACGUCACCUACGUCACCACACCGCGAAGCGAGGACAACGAAUUUUUCCCCACGGUAAUGUUGGAAAUCGGCGACCAAAGUAAGUUUUUUUCAACCAACUUAGACGCGCUGAUCGAUUCUGGCAGUCCUGUUAGUUUUGUUAAAGAAAGUUGCAUACCACGUAGGCUUAUAUUGAGUUCGGAUGAUUCUAAAGGGUUUUCGGGAAUAAACGGUAGCGUAAUGCAAAUUGUCGGGCGCGUGGAAGCAAGCGUUACACUUGACCACAAUAAAAGUCGCAUAACUCUGCUCGUUGUGGAAGAAAGAACCAUGAAAAAUUCUUUGGUACUGGGUAGGGAUUUUAUGAAGAUCGCGCAAGUUUCUUUAAAAAUAAAUCCAGAAGUCAUGGAAAUUAUGAAUAUCGAGUCAGUUUCAGUGAAUGAGAGUCCGGCGUCUCAAUUAAUAAUUAACGAAAAGAUUCCACAUGAUACCCGUGUACAAACGCGUAAAAUCUUCGAAGAUCAUUACAUAAAGCCGACCAGACCCGAAAAUCCACAAAUCGAAAAUGUCAUGGAAUUAACGUUAACGGACAGUAAACCUUUUCACUGUAAUCCGCGUAGAUUAUCGUAUAUCGAGAAGUCCAAGUUGAAGGACAGUAUAGAUGAUCUAUUGAAAAAAGGCGCAAUCAGAGAGAGCACGUCAGAGUACGCAUCACCGAUAGUGUUAGCGAAGAAAAAAAACGGGGAGUUACGAAUGUGUAUAGAUUUCAGAACCUUAAAUAAAGUGACAACACGUGAUAAUUUUCCAUUGCCGUUGAUCGAAGAUCAAUUAGAUUUGUUAGAGGGAAAAAAGUAUUUCACUUCCUUAGAUCUGAAAGACGGAUUUUUCCAUAUUAGGAUGCAUGAAGAGUCUGUUAGAUAUACGUCGUUCGUUACUCCUCUAGGACAAUACGAGUGUGUAAAAAUGCCAUUUGGCCUAAAGGGCGGACCCCUUAAAUUUCAGAGGUAUAUAACGCAAAUAUUUAAAGACCUGAUCGCAUCCGGAGACGUAUCGGUGUAUUUAGACGAUUUUCUGAUUGCGACCGUUACAAUAGACCAUCAUUUAAAGAUAUUAGAACGAGUUUUUCGGUUGUGUGUUGCAAACAAACUCGAGUUAAGACUAGACAAAUGUAGGUUUCUGCAGACGGCAUUGGAAUACCUAGGCUAUAUUGUUACAAGCGAAGGUAUCCGACCGACCGAGCGAGGUAUCAAUGACGUAAAAAAAUUUCCGGUGCCCCGUAACGUUCGAGAUGUACAGAGUUUCAUAGGGCUUUGCUCAUACUUCCGAAAGUUCAUUGAAAAUUUUUCGAUUAUUGCCAAGCCGCUUGACGAUGUGACGAGGAAAGAUGCACAGUUUAGAUUCGGACCGGAAGAGGAUCACGCGUUCGAGACAUUAAAAAAUUUGUUAGUUUGCGCACCUAUUUUAAGUAUUUAUUGUCCGCGCGAUGAGACCGAACUCCAUUGUGACGCGAGUGCGAUAGGAUUCGGUGGAAUUCUGAUGCAAAAGAAGACCGAUCAGAAGUUUCAUCCAGUAUUUUACUUCUCUAAAAGAACCACAGACACUGAAACUAGGUACCAUAGUUUCGAGCUAGAGACGCUAGCGAUAAUUUAUGCACUACGGCGAUUUCGGACGUAUUUGUUAGGUAUCCGUUUUAAGAUAGUCACCGAUUGUCAGGCACUGAGCCUAACGCUAAACAAGAAAGAUACCAAUCCGCGAAUUACUCGUUGGGUUUUGGAACUGCAAAAUUAUGAUUAUGCGCUUGAGCAUAGAGUCAGCUCUAGAAUGAGGCAUGUAGACGCUCUUAGCCGACAAAUUUGCGUCAUAAAUGACAAUUCCUUUGACAGAAAUUUAGCAUUAUGCCAGGAUAAAGACCCAGAAAUAGUAAAAAUUAGGGAAAAGUUGGAAGAUUCCGGGGACAAAUUUUUUGAAAUGACGAAUGGCCUAGUUUACAGAAAGUUAAGGGAGCGGCCAAUGACGAAAAUUGGGUCCGCAAAGAAGCGACACAUUUUAUUAGUAGUGGACGGAUUUACAAAGUAUAUCAAGCUGUAUGCAACCAAAACCACGAGCACUUCGGAAGUAAUUAAACAUUUGAAAAAUUAUUUUGCAACUUAUAGUAGGCCAAUACGCAUCGUUUCCGACCGGGGUAGCUGUUUUACCUCCCGCGAAUUUGAGGAAUUCACGAAAGAGCAAAACGUGGUGCAUAUCAAAGUCGCUACGGCCUCGCCGCAGGCUAACGGGCAGGCCGAAAGAAUGAACCGAACGAUCAUUCCAAUAAUAGCGAAACUCGCGGACGAGCGAAAUUGUCAUUGGUACGACACAUUAGAAGAUGUGGAAUAUGUGUGUAAUAAUACGGUGAAUAGAUCGACCGGCGAAACUCCGAGCAUGCUGCUGUAUGGGGUACAACAGCGUGGUCAAGUUAUUGAUAGUUUAAGAGACGCGUUAGAGAUAGCGGGAAAAGUCGACACUGACCGAAAUUUAGGCGUGAAGCGUAAAGUAGCAAGCGAGCAAAUAAAAAAACAAUUUGACGCGAACAAACGGAACUAUGACAAAAAACGAAAACCGGCGCAGCAAUAUCAAGCCGGAGAUAGAGUGAUGAUAAGAAAUUUUGAACAUAAUAGUACUGCGGCGAAACUGGUUCCUGAAUUCAAAGGUCCUUAUGAGGUUGCGAAAGUUUUGAGAAAUGACCGAUACAUUGUUAAGGACGUCGACGGCUUCCAAGUGUCUCAAAUCCCGUAUCAAGGGACUUGGGCGGCGGCGAAUAUGCGUCUCUGGUUACCCCCGAGAGGGUAG